GGCGGCGGCAGCGGCAGCGGCGGCAGCGGCGGCGGCGGGGAUUGGCGUCGGGGCGCCGAGCCCGAGGCGUGCGGAGCCGGAGCCCGUGGGGAGCGCGUCCUGCCGUGGGUGAUGAAAGUGUCUACUCUCAGGGAAAGCAUGGCCAUGGCUUCCCCACCGCCCCGGGAGCUGGAGGAGGAGCCGGUGGUGGCCGGCUCAGAGCCAGGUGACCCUCCAGCCAAACCCCCUGUCAAGCCGAAACCCCGGGCCCUGCCUGCCAAGCCAGCCCUCCCGGCCAAGCCCAGCCUGCUGGUACCCGUUGGGCCUCGCCCCCCUCGGGGCCCCCUGGCCGAGCUGCCGUCCGCCCGGAAGAUGAACAUGUUGGCGGGACCCCAGCCCUACGGGGGCAGCAAGCGACCCCUUCCCUUUGCCAACGCGCUCCAUGGCCGAGGCGGCUCCUUCCGCAGGAGAGACGGGGAAGGAGGAGGCCGGGGAAAGAAGACCUCCCCCCGACGACCCCCCCCAGCCCGCUGCCCGGCCCCUGCGGGGGUGCGCAAGGCCCCGGCCCCUUUCCGCCCCGCCUCGGAGCGCUUCGCGGCCUCCACGGUGGAGGAGAUCCUUGCCAAGAUGGAACAGCCACGCAAGGAGCCCCCCGCCAGCCCCGACCGCCUCUGGGGCUCCCGCCUCAGUUUCAACCACGAUGGCAGCUCCAGGUACGGAUCCAGGACCUAUAGCGUGGGGCCGGGUGCCAGCGACGAGGACGGCGGGACCCUCUCUAAGGCUCAGUCCCAGGAGGGGCCUGCUGAGAGCCCUGGAGGACGCAGCAAGACCCCUGAGGAGGAGAGGAGCCCCGCUUCGAACCGGGCCUUCAACGGGGACCUGGGUCAUGAGCAGGCCAGCUCAGAGCCACCAGCCAAUGGUGCCAAGCCCGGGGUGCCCUCCAGCCCCGGCCUUGCUGCUGAGAACGGGGCCUCCCCCAUCCCAGACUCACCGGAGGAAGACCAAGGUCGCCACCACGCUUCGCUCCCGGAAGCCCAGAGUCCCUCCGCCUCUCCCCGCCGCCCCUCGACGCCACCACCGCCAGCUUGGCUGCAGACCAUUCCCGCCAGGCCCCCAGACCCAGCAGCCCUCCUCACCGAGAGGACAGGGGACGUCCUAGAGGUCUCCGGACGCCACAGCCCAGAGCUGCCCCCAGUCACCUCGCCCCGGCCCCUGAUGGAGCAAGCCGAGGGGCUCCAGCCUCCGAGGACGAUCCCACCAGGCGCAGAGGCCCCCGCAAGCGACCCUCGCCCUGCCAGCCUGGCCCAGCGGCGCUUUUCUGAAGGUGUGCUGCAGCCGCCCACCCAGGACCCUGAGAAGCUGGGGGGCUCCCUGGCGGCCCUGCCCCAGUCACAGGGCAGCCAGCUGGCUUUGGAUCGCCCCUUCGGGAGCGGCGCCGAGUCCAACUGGAGCUUGUCCCAGUCCUUCGAGUGGACCUUCCCCUCGCGGCCUGCAGGGCUGGGGGCCUGGCGACUGGACUCCCCGCCCCCCUCUCCCAUCACGGAGGCCACCGAGGCUGCUGAGGCCGCUGCUGAGGCCAGCGACUGGGCUGCAUCCCCCAGGGAGGAAGGUGCGUCCCCGCAGCAGCAGCAGUGCUACGGGGCCCGGUCGGCUCCCGAGGGGACAGGACAGCCAGGUUCCGGGGUGCAGGACGCGGGCACCUCUCAGGAGAGUCCGCCUUGGUCCCCAGCGGCCACCCCUCCGGGCCGGGCCCUGCUGCAGGCAGAGGAGCGGCACCAGGAGUGGGAGCCUGUGGCCGGGCAGGAGUCCCCGCUCCCCGUGGCCACCAGGGAGGCCGUCCUGCCUGUCCGGGAGCCCCUCGUGGGGCAGCAGCAGCCAGCACCCUCUGACCAGCCCUGCGUGCUCUUCGCCGACUGCCCCAAGCCCGGCCAGGCACUGCCUGCUGAGGAGGAGGCCGUGACCCUGGCCCACGCCGAGAUCACCCGACCCAGGACGGAGCCUCCGGACCUCUCCCGGGCAUCCCCCGAGCCUACCGGCCCUGCCGACGGCUCCCACUGGCUGGAUGACCUCCUGGCCUCGCCACCGCCCCUGAGUGCUGACAGCUCAGGGCGGGGGCCCGGGCCCCGAACGUGAGGACCUGCGGAUGCCUGGUCCCCAUUCCGAGGUGAGGACCCAGAAGGACUCCUCGGCUGGUCUCAGAAAGAUCUGCAGAGGGAAUUUGGGAUUGCGACAGACCCUCCUCCCUGCAGCCUGAGCCCUCCCAGCUGGUCCCAGGACCCUACUCAGGACUAUGACCUCGGGGCUUCGAGCUCUCGGGGGAACCCAGGCUUGACCAAGAGCGAUUGGUCCAGCCCGUGUGGGCCGGGCAUUGGGGACGGGAGUGCCAAGGAAAGGGCCAGCAAGUGCGGUGCCAGCCAGGAGGAGCCAGGCAUCAGCCCCGGCCUGGGAGAGGGACAUGGAAUGUCAGAGCCCCGGGCCCUCGUGGUGGGCACACCGCCAGCCCCACAGAGUCUGGACCCAGGGACACAGGCCUGGGAGUUCACCAAGAGGGGCAACCGGGCCGUGGACGACGAGUUCGGGAAUCGGGACCUGACGACAGGUGCCUACAGCAGCCAGGAUGCCAACCUCCAGGACUGGGAAUUUGAGAAGAGAGAGCCGCUGAGUGGGGACGCUGGCCCGGCCAGCCCGGAGCCCAGCAGGGACGACCCCUUGGCUAGGUACAGCGGCCAGGACACCGAUGAGCAGGACUGGGAGUUUGGCAAGCGGGAACCCUCCCUGGACCCUUAUGGCGGCCGGGGGACAGCGCAGCCUGACCCAGAUUUCGGGAACAGCGCCUGGAUGAGGGAUUUUAGUGGCAACGGUGACGGCGGCUCGGGGGUCCUGGGCUCCCAGGAACGCGGCUUCGGGCCGAGAGCCCUGAGUGCCGGCUUCAGUCCCGAGGACGCCCAGCAGCAGGACGAGGAGUUUGAGAAGAAGGGUCCAAGCGGGGAUGGUGGCCAGGCCGGGGAGGCGGGGGGCCUGUUCGGGUCCAACAGCUCACCAGCACAGGCCGGGACUCCGGUCCAGAGAGAGCAGGGCAGCUGGCAGGGCAGCACCGGCAGUCUGGACGGGGGUGGGUGGCAGGGCCCGGCAGGGUUGGGGGCUCAGAGCCCCGGCCAGGUGGAGCGGGGUGAUGGGGAGGUGGGGUCCCGGGGCUGGGCCAGCGACUUCUGCCAGGGUGUCGCCUCCCAGCCCGAAGUGGCCUUUGGGCCAGGGCAGCGGGCCUGGAGCGGGGAGUUCGGCCUGGAUUCCACCACCGGCACCGCCGAGAGGAACCAUCAGUUCGGCAUCAUUGGCAAUGACCGGGCGAGCGGGGCGGGCCUGAGCCCAUCCGACGAGGUUGGGGGCAGCCCCUUCGCAUCCCCCGAGAAGCCCUCGGCUGGACCCAUGGACUGGACUGACCAGCUGGGCCUCAGGAACUUGGAAGUGCCCAGCUGUGUGGUUUCUGGGGGUCUGCUUCAGGCCAGGGAGGACGCCGUGGGCCAGAUGGGCUGGUCAGACACGCCAGGCUCCAGCGAGCUAGGCCUGGCCGCUGGUCCGCUGGGGACAGCGGGGGGCCCUGAGGAGGAGCCCCGGGGGGUCGGCGUCGGGGAGAAGGACUGGACGGGUGUCAGCGGGAGGAGCCCGGAGCUGGUUAGAGAGAGCGGUGUGGGGCAGACCGGCUGGUCAGCGGCGGAGGCUGGGGAGUUUCUGAAAUCCAGAGAGCGCGGCGUAGGCCAGGCCGACUGGACAGCUGGCCUGGGCCUGAGCGAUGUGGCCCCAGGUCCCCGGGAGGGCGGGGCGGGCCAGGUGGACUGGGGCGACAAUCUGGGAUUGCGGAACCUGGAGGUGCCCUGUGACCCGGAGCCCGAAGGUUCUCAAGGGCCCCGGGAGUGUGGCGUGGGGCAGAUGAUGGACUGGAGGCAGGACUUGGGGACCCCCAGUGAAGCCAGGGAGCACGGGGUGGGAGAGGUCAGCCAGCCGCCCGAGCCAACCCUCAGGAGCAACGGCCACCUGUCCCCUGGCCUGGAGGCCCGAGAGCUGGGGGUCGGGGAGACGAGCGGAGCCGACAGCCCCAGCCAAGAAGGCCGCUCACCCGGCCCCGAGGAGCCGCAGCCCGAAGACACGGGAAAGGAGCCAGGAGACGCGUCCAGCUUCGCAGCCAGCCCCGGUGGGUGCUCAGCCCGCUCCCCGCCCCCAGGCUCCCAGGGCCUGCUGGAAGAGAUGUUGGCCGCCAGCAGGGAGGCGGCGGCCUCGCGCCUUCAGCGCCUGUCCACAGUCGAGGAGGCGACGGUGGGUGCGGUCCCCGCCUCAACCGAGUGCCCCGAACCUGACAGUCGGACCCCUCUGCCUUCCUGGAGACCCCAGCCCGACGGGGAGGCCAGCCGGACCGAAGAGGUGGACGGCACCUGGGGGCCUCCGGGGUCAGGGCCAGGCCAGCAGGGACCCGCGCGGCCCCCUCGGCGCCCUCCCCAGGUUUCAUCCCCCGGCUCCCUCAGCCAGGACUUCUCCUUCAUCGAGGACACCGAGAUUCUGGACAGUGCCAUGUACCGGAGUCGCGCCAACCUGGGGCGCAAGCGCGGCCACCGGGCCCCCGCCAUCCGCCCGGGGGGCACCCUGGGCCUGUCGGAGGCGGCCGACUCGGACGCGCGCCUGUUCCAGGACUCCACGGAACCGCGGGCUUCUCGGCUGCCGUCUUCCGACGACGAGGUGGUGGAGGAGCCUCAGAACCGUUGCACCCGGUUUCCCCGCGGCACCAAGGGGCUGAAAGUCAACCUCUUUCCCGGCCUGAGCCCGUCGGCCCUGAAGGCCAAGCUACGCCCCCGGAACCGCUCCUCCGAGGAGGGGGAGCCAGGAGAGAGCAAACCCCACCCGAAGGAGUCGGCCGUGCAGCGCUCCAAGUCCUGCAAGGUCCCGGGGCUGGGGAAGCCCCUCGCCUUACCCCCCAAGCCAGAGAAAUCCUCAGGGUCAGAAAGCUCAUCACCCAACUGGCUGCAAGCCCUGAAGCUAAAGAAGAAGAAGGUUUGAGGGGUCACUGAGAUCCUUCCCAUCUGGACGCCUCAGGCAGGCAGAGUCGGUCCCUGCGGGGGUCCCAGGAGAGGCAGGAGCGUCCUGCACGCCCGGGACUGCAGCCUCCGCCCCUCCUCUGUCUCCCAGGAGCACCCGAGGAGGCGCCUUUAUGCACUUUGUAUAUCCUUCCCCUCCUCCCACCCCCCUUCAGGCGUCAGCGGUCAGGACUUGGUCCCCUCCUCACCCCCACCCACCCCUUCUCCCUCUCUCCUUCCUCCUCCUGCCUCCUGUGGGGCUUUUGGUUUUUUUUUUCUUUUGAUACCAAUUUAUAGCCUUUUUUAUAAAAAGCCUUUGAUUUUUUUGUAAUGAGUGGAGUCCUAUUCCAUCCCCCCUCCACCCCCCUCCCCCUUCUCUCCCUCCUCUCCCUGACCCUGCCCGGUGCCCACAGAGAGACCAAUGACAUUUUGCCACUUGCAACAAUAAAGUUUUUUUGGGAA